AUGAGUGUGCAGGCAAAACUGCACGCGGCGCUGGAGUACGUGCUGGACAGUGCCGAUCCCUACACUCGCCUCGUCCAGCGCGCCCUCACCGCCGAUCCCCGCACGGUGCCGUUUUAUCAACUCGACGAGGUGCGGUCUGCCAGUUUUCAAUCCGAUCACGCCUGCGAACGCAUCGUGCGGGCCAUCGCCGUUCCCCUCAGCGUCCAACCGCCCGUUGCUCUCAAUGUGCGCAAGGCAUUGGAGUUACUUCGCGUUCUUGUGCUGGAAGGCGCUGCUGGUGUGCGUGCACGGAUGCCCACACUGCGACCGGAGCUGCACCGCAUUGCCCACGCCCAUGAUGUGCGCCGAGAUACCGUGGAGGCGAUGAACAAGGAACUCGCCGCGGCAUUAUUGUUGGCGCUCGAUGGGAAUAGUGAAUCCCUCAUCUCCCUCUCUUCUAUUCACGCGGGUGGGAACAGAGAAAUGAGUGGAGAGGCCACAUCCAUGUCAACAGCAGCAGGAGGAGGAGGAGGCACAAGUACAACAUUACAGAAGAGUGUAUUUCAGACCAUGCAUGAGAGGGAGCAACGCCUGUACAGAAAACAAUGUGAUGAACAGAAGAAACAAUCUGUGGUGAUUGUAAAGGAACGUGUAUAUGGCUCUUUUGAUGGGAACCUGUCCCCUGAGAAACUAGUAGAACAGGUUAUUUUAAACCCAAAGAAAAAAUUUGCUCGACAGGAACUUGACUCUUUCGUAGAUGCGGCACUCAGUACAGGGAGAUUAGAAGAGGUAUGUGCAGAGCUCGACCGACAACUGUGCGAACCCCGUCAAUCACUUCAAAACCGGUACAAAAUUCUCCUUGUAAUAGAGGCAGUCGUAGACCAUAAUAGUAACCACAACAAUAAUAUUAAUAAUAAUAACAGUGGUGAGUUGGACGAGGCACGGGAAUUUUUUCGUCGUAACAGCAGCGGUGUUUGUCGACACAUGCAGACAACUAGUGCUGAGAACCCUGUGAAGGCAGAAGCAGCCAUGGGUGUAGCUCAGCGUAUCCUACAGUCAUUACAACAACAAAAACAACAACAACAAAUACCAGCGUCACUACCACCAUCUAUGGGCUCUUCAAAUCAGUUUGCUAACGUACCACAGUCUGCAUCGCUGCAGAUUGAUGAUCUCUUUUCUGAUCUUUCACUAAGAAAGACACAACCAAUGACUUCUACUUCAAAGUCUGUAUAUUCUGUUGGACAACCAACGGUUGAUACCCUUGGCAAUUUAUUCGGUUCUGUAGACUCGAGCAAACCUGAACGGUCCAUGACGAAUGGAGGACCAUCAUGCAAUAUCACCGCCAUAUCGUCUGUUCCGAGACCCCCUGAGCAGUUCUAUCAACAACAACAACAACAACAAAAUAAAGAGGAAGUGCUGCCCAAUUAUUCUGUAUUAGCGUCAGUGGGAACAACUCCUUCAAAUCCUUUGAUUUCAAGCUACAGCUUGGGAGAGAAUGGUGGGAUGUGGCAGCCACUGCAGCAAAAGCAGCAAUCUUUGGGGUCAUUAUCUCAUGAACGUAUCGAGUCGGGCGGCAAUAAUGGUAAAAAUGAAUUACAAAACCAACAACAACAACAAUACAGUACACUUGCAUCAUCUGACUCUCUGCAGAGACCUUUGGGAAUGGAAGGGAGGGAGGAAUGCCAAUCAUUAUCACUUCUCGAUUCUAUGAAAAAUCCUCAAUUUGGUGAGUCAGGGAGUAAUGAUGAAAAAAUGCAGCUUUUGCGACAGAUUCAGUCUCAGAUGGAAAUGACAAAGUUAAUGCUGGAACAGCAACAAGCAGCUUUUUUUGCGCUUCAGGCCGAACUUCAGAAGAAGUAA